GCAAUGGAGGAAAUGUAUGCCAAUGAGGAUUCUGCAAAACGUACUACUAACAAGAAAGGUUCUAGCAGCUCUAAGGAGAGGCUGUAUUUGGGUGUUCUGAUCUAUCUGUGGCUCCUGAAUGUGUUCCUGCUGAUCAGACUCUACAGCUUUGGUGUUUGUUUCAAGGAUCAAGGCCCUUUGACAGGAGGUCUCUCCAACAUCAAAGACAAUCUGACUCAUCAUCUCCAGGCCAUCAAUGACCAGCUUGCCUUAAUGACUGAACAAAGAGACCUACUGAAUUCAGACAUUACACAAAUGUCUAAACAGCUCAUCAGAUUUCAGAGUUUGUCCACUCAAGAGAAGAAAUGUCCGAAAGGAUGGAAUAUGUACGGGCAUUCCUGUUACUUCCUCUCUACAAACCCUGGCUCUUGGGAGGAGGGCAGAAAUGACUGCAAAAACAGAGGAGGAGAUCUGGUGGUGAUAGAUGAUGCUAAUGAACAGGUAAUGAGUGAGCUGGAAGCUCAAAUCAAGGACUGCCACGCUAGCCUGAAGCUAGAGGCUUAG